GAAAUCCAGUUAAGACCGUGCGGUUAAAAGGCUGAAAAUUAAAAUCAAGGCAAACUUGCACGUUCAACUCAGAGCCCAAGAAAAGAGACAUCUUCACUGACCAACUAGGCGGCUGGGGACAGAGAGUGAACCGCUGGGCCGGCACCGCCGCCCAUACUCAAGAUGGCACCGGCCUGAGAAUCACCGGCGAGGCCUCCUCAUCUCGGUUCCGGUCUUUCGCCCCAGUGGUGGCGUUGUAGGGCUGAAGGCUGGCAUCCUGUCCGGCUUCCGGACCCGUCUCUAUGGUGCCGGAGAGACCGGACCUCAGAAGAUUGUGGGUGUAGUGGCCAGAGUAUCACGGGGGAGGCGAGGGUGAUUGGUGUCAACAGGGGGCGAAGAGGGGACCGAAGCUAAGAUCCUCGGCCGCCUCCCCCGCCGCCCUCCCACAGGUCUGCUUGGCUUUGAGGAGGAGCUGCAGCACCCCUGCCUCACAGCCUAAGGGAUGGGCUCAGAGAACAGCGCUUUGAAGAGCUAUGCCCUGAAGGAACCACCAUUCACCUUACCCUCUGGACUUGCUGUUUACCCCGCUAUAUUGCAGGAUGGCAAAUUCGCUUCGGUUUUUGUGUAUAAGAGAGAAAACGAAGACAAGGUUAAUAAAGCUGCCAAGCACUUGAAGACACUUCGUCACCCUUGCUUGCUAAGAUUUUUAUCUUGCACUGUGGAAGCAGAUGGUAUUCAUCUUGUCACUGAGCGAGUGCAGCCUCUGGAAGUGGCUUUGGAAACAUUGUCUUCUGCAGAGGUCUGUGCUGGGAUCUAUGAUAUAUUGCUGGCUCUUAUCUUCCUUCAUGACAGAGGACACCUCACACACAACAAUGUCUGUUUAUCAUCUGUGUUUGUGAGUGAAGAUGGGCACUGGAAGCUGGGAGGAAUGGAAACAGUCUGUAAAGUUCCUCAGGCCACACCAGAGUUUCUGAGGAGUAUUCAGUCAGUAAGAGACCCAGCAUCUAUCCCUCCUGAAGAGAUGCUUCCAGAAUUCACAACUCUGCCAGAGUCACACGGACAUGCUCGGGAUGCCUAUUCUUUUGGGACAUUGGUGGAAAGUUUGCUCACAAUCUUAAGUGAACAGGUUUCAGCGGAUGUUCUCUCCAGCUUUCAACAGACCUUGCACUCAACUUUGCUGAAUCCCAUUCCAAACUGUCGGCCAGCGCUCUGCACCCUCCUGUCCCAUGACUUCUUCAGGAAUGAUUUUCUAGAAGUUGUGAAUUUCUUGAAAAGUUUAACAUUGAAGAGUGAAGAGGAAAAAGCUGAAUUUUUCAAGUUCCUCCUGGACAGAGUCAGCUGCCUGUCAGAGGAAUUAAUAGCUUCACGGCUGGUGCCUCUUCUGCUUAAUCAGUUGGUGUUUGCAGAGCCAGUAGCUGUUAAGAGUUUUCUUCCCUACCUCCUUGGCCCCAAAAAAGACGGUGCGAGGGGGGGAGCCCCCCGCCUGCUCUCCCCAGCCCUGUUCCAGGCGCGGGUGAUCCCCGUGCUGCUGCGGCUGUUUGAGGUGCACGAGGAGCACGUGCGGACGGUGCUGCUGUCUCACCUGGAGGCCUACGUGGGGCACUUCACCCAGGAGCAGCUGAAGAAAGUCAUCCUGCCCCAGGUAUUACUGGGCCUGCGUGAUACCAGCGAUUCCAUUGUGGCAAUUACUCUUCACAGCCUGGCAGUGUUGGUCUCUCUACUUGGACCAGAGGUGGUUGUGGGAGGAGAAAGAACCAAGGUCUUCAAAUGCACUGCACCAAGUUUUACUAAAACUAUGGACCUUUCCCCACAAGAUUCUCCCAUGCACGUCGUCUGCAGCCAGCGCAGUCAGAUCUCACCUGUCUUGAAGAACCCCUCCUCUAGCAUAUUCCCUAAAUGUUUUUCUGGCAACAUGCCCAUCACCAGCAAGAAGCACAUACAGCGAGAUUACUACAGUACUCUUUUACAGACAGGCGAUCAGUUUUCUCAGCCUGUUAAAUUUCCCAUCAACGGAAUCUCAGAUGUGAAAAUCACCUCAGGAGACAGUGAAAAGUUCCCGUCGAGUUCUAAAAAGUCUGAGGAGUGGCCUGACUGGAGCGAGCCUGAGGAGCCUGAGGAGAAACCUGUUGACACAGAGAUUUGCCCUGCAGACCCCCAUGCUGCUGCCAGGUCCCCAUUCACCGACUUGAAUGCAGAGGCGGCGGCUUGGGAUGACUUUGAGCCCAGCAGCGUAGAUACUGAAAUAAACCCAGGAGGUGGAAUCACGGCUGCAAGACCUGUUACCUCAGGGGAGCAAAAGGCCACUCCUACUUUGCGUCCACUCACUGAAGAGGCCACGCCUUUGAAAUCAAGCCUACCCCAAAAGACCAGUCUUGCACGAAGCAGGGAUGACCCAGACCAAACCAAGCCACCGAAAGUGUUGUCACAAGAAAGGCACCUUAAAGUUCCAUCAGAACUUGGUUUAGGAGAGGAGUUUACCAUACAGGUGAAAAAGAAGCCAGUAAAAGACCCAGAGUUGGAUUGGUUUGCUGAUAUGAUCCCAGAAAUUAAGCCUUCAGCUGCUAUUCUUAUUUUACCUGAACUGAGGACAGAAACAGUAGCUCCCAACAAGGAUAACGUCUCAUCAGUGAUGCACUUUUCCUCAAAAUUUGCUGCAGCAGAAAUUACUGAGGGAGAGGCUGCAGGCUGGGGAGAAGACGGCGAUCUGAACUGGGAAGACAAUAACUGGUGACAACGGAUGGAUUCAGGCUGCUACUACCAUUAAUGCUCAAGGUUGAAGGAAACUAAGAAGUGCUGCCUUGUCCAGUAACUUCCAGUGAGUAUUCUUUAGCCAUAUAAUCUGUCCUUACAAAAAAGCUCCAAAUAUGAAUUUUCUAAAUGCCUGCUGUUUUUCUUUUUAAUGCUGAGUUUAUAAUGAUGCUUUCGGAGCCAGUUCAGUAAAUUGCCACGGUUUCUAACAUCACCGCACCAGGAAGGGGAGGAAGGAUUGGGGCCAAGACAGUUUUUAUAAUCCCUGUCUUCCUAAGGAAGGUCAUAACAUAUAAAUUCUUGAGGGCUUAUUUAUACUACUGAUAUAUUUAACUUUACAGAUGUAAGGCAUAAAAGUUAACAUGUCUUAAAAACAAGUUUGUUUUUUUUAAUGAGAACUGUAACUUAAAUUUACCAUUAUGGAUUACCGUUCCAAAUAUACGAUUACUGCUCAAAACAAUAUCCUUAGAGGUAUCAGAUUUCUGCCUUUUAAUAGGUAGAUGUGAUUUCUAGACAGUGCCAAAAACUCUUAGGCUGAUUUGAUGAAUGAGGCAAAGGAUCAAAGUAAACAUUUUGGAAGGUAAGUUAACUGGUUUUCUUCUGUGGUUCAGAAACUACUGCAUUUGUAGCAUCACUGGUAUAAAGACAUAACUUUCCCAAAGGUUACUACAAAUAAUUGACAGUUAUGUUAAGAGUAUAUUUUGUAUGAUUUUUAAAACUUUUUUUGUAGUCCCUCCUCUGUUCUAUGUGUUGAUAACCUUUCAGGAAGAAGAAAUGUGAUUUUUAAGAGUAGCUACCAUAAAACAAUUUUACAUGUCUAGAUCUAUUUAUUUUGAUAUUCAGUAUGAGGCCAAGAACCAUGCUAGUUUCUGUUUUAUCAGUAAGUAAUAAGGCAGAAUUUCUUAUUAAAGCUUGAUCCACACUGAAAAGCAGUCCAUACCUGUAAAGAUGACUUCUUUGCUUCUUCUACAGUAACUUUAGCAAAGGGCUCCCAGAAAGUACCUUUUUCCUGUUUGACACGUUCCACUCUGGCAGCUGCAGUUUCGUCUACAAACCCCGUCUGCCAGAGACCAUGAAAAACCAAGCAAACAUCAACAUUAGCAUUCUCUACUCAAUAUUAAAAUGGUGUGAUAUUCAGAAGGUGAAAGGCCUGCGUGUUUAAGUGCCGGAUGUUAAACUGCUCUGGUUUAGCCUGUGAACUAAGCAAAUUUGGAAGUAAGCUGGAGUCAUCUGUAAAUGUAUCCUCAGUGUAAUUUGGGUAAAAUUAUUCCACAGUGUUCUCCUUCCCUACAGAAAAAUGAUAGUCUGAUAGCCUUUACUGAAUAGGGUGAGAAAUUGUUAAAAGCAACAUGUGCACACACUUACUUAUCAUCCAGCUGAUAUGUAAUAUAUGCAUAUAUAAAAAUAAUAAGAGACACAGUCCAGUUCAAUAAUGAGACUAUAUUAAAAAAUUAAGUACUUAAGCAUAAUUCACUUUCUCCUAGCAUUCUAAAUUUGUGGUGUAACUGUUCUAUGAGUGCUUCAAUUAACCUUUAACUUACAUCCUACCACUAUCUCCAUAUAAGUUUCAAAGCAUGCACAAAUAUGGGAGCCAUAUGAUUCAACAGUUUGGAAAGUCACUGUUUGGAAAAGCCAUGACUAAAUUACAGGAGUGAACAUGAUCCUCGCAGGCCUACGAUUCUACAUGUGAAUCUAAUUAUGAUGAGUAACGGGUGAGGGAUCCUCAUUCUUCAUCUCACUGCCUGAAUGAUCAAUGCAAUAGUAUCCCAAACUACAGGCAGAGCAACUCCAAAGUGUUUUACUUCUGACUUGUAAUGAGGUCCCAACUGCUUAAUAAUAAUGCGGGUCACCACUGUGUUAAGCACUGUGAAAAACUGGAGCUAACAAAGAUAUUCAACUUGGUUAUAAUUUGAAAAAAAAAGUAACAUGAUAAAGAACAAAAGUAUGUGCCACUACUAUUUUGAUUCUAUAUAAAUAAAAUACCUUCUCCAGAAAAGAUACAACUUUCUUCUUUGUUUCUUCAGAACUGAGACAUUGUGGAACUAUCUCUUCAUGAUUUGUUCCCUA